AUGUCAUUUCUACGCAAAAAACGAAUCAAGUUUGCUGUGGAAUUGGUUAUUGAUAAACUGACAGAUGUUUCGCUUCUCAAUGGAACUUUGUUUGCUAAGGUAAGGCUUUUUUGGUUUUUUUUUAAUUUUAGGUGAUGUGGUUUUAAAAUCUGGCUUCAAAAUUACUUUUUCUGUGUUGAGGUAUAAGUUUCGAUAAUAUUAAACCUAAAACGCGUUGCUUCUGUACCUCUUCACGGUCUAAAAUAGUCAAUGUUUAAAGAAUAAAGAUUUAAAAGGUAUUAAAACAGUUUUUUAGGUUCGCUUACUAGAUUCUGGCUCGUUCGAGGCAUGCACUUCUUCAAAAGAACUCAGAAACCAUGUUUGUCAUCUUUACGCACCUCAAACGUCAUCUGAGUCGGAUCGAUUCGUUUUUCCUGAUCAGCCCUCACCAGACCUGGAAGAUGCCGAAAAUCGACCGGAAGAACAACAAGAACAACCGUUCCGCUUUCAAUGCAGGAUACCGUACAACGAAGCUGGCGAACUGGAAGAAUGUCGAUGUAAAAUAUCAAUUCGAAAAGUGGAACGAGCUGGACGACCUGCGACAAAACUGGGAUUUGUUAUUGUAAACUUGUCCGAGUUUGCGGCUUCCGGUUCUACAGCUUUGCAACAAAGCUACUUACUGGACGGAUACACGGGAAGACAACGCCAGGACAACACAAGAGUGCAUCUGGCUAUACGAAUGUUUCAUCAAAUGUCAGAUCCGCUUUUUAAAGUGUAAGCUUUUUAAACUUUAGAAACAAAUGCGUUUUUACUUAAUAAUCACUUUAUUUGCAGGUUAGGUAUAAAAUAGGGCAUUUUUAUUUUUAAGAUAGUUUAUCGUGUUGAAAAUCAACUUGAAAUAUGUAUCUUUUUUAGGCCAAACAGUGCAGUUCAAAUUCCUGAGUCCCAGAAUCACUUACUCAACCCAGUGGACCGAAAAGCUCCGUCUCACAACCAAAGCUCCUCACAAACCAACGAAGAAGUCCGUCGACGAUUAGAUGUUCAAAGUUUAGAAGAAGAACCAGAAGCACGGCCUCAAAGUGCGCAACCUGUAAUUUCUACGCCAAAUCUACCACACUCUUCAACACACGCGUCUUUGAAUUCAGAAGUGUCUAACUGCCCCCAGAACCCUUCAACGUCGCCGCCACUGAAUUCCACCAACACACCAGUCAAUCGGUUUAGCCACCAGUUUUUACUGAGCGAAAGAAGACCAUCAGUUCCAGUUGGGUCGAUAGAACGGGCGAGUUGGCAUGCUGGUGCCGAGCAAAAAGCUGGUAAGUUAAAAUUAUUAAAAAGUAUUGAUUGAAUUUUAGGUUAUAUUUUAAGCAUGCUCACGAAUUAAGAUAUAUUCUUAAACUUUAUUGCUUUAUUUUUAGGGCUUUCAACAGAUUCUCAACUCCUGGAAAUGCGCCGGAAUUGCCAGAUCCGUCGGCUUUCUGAGGAUCGUUUACCGACCCAUCCAAAUGUCUCGAAUCGUGUUCAACAGACGCGUCGUGACGCGGAUUCGGUAAUCGAAGAGGUCCUGGCCGAAGCCGCGGGUUUGGAGGACUCUUUUACCCAACCUGCUGACGAAGCCCCACCAUCUCCCGACAGCACAACACCCAAAAAACUUACCAAAAAAGGUUUGUCGCUGUUUGUGUCGCGACGAAAUGGCGACGUCCUGCUGUCUUCAAAUCAAUGCCCACCAUCCAGCUUCGAACGGGUACAACUGGAUUCAACUAUUAGUGGUUAA